GGUUUGAUAUCUAUAAAUAUACAUGUGGAGAGAGACACAGAGAGAGAAUCCUCAUAAAUAUCCAAGUCCUCUGUCAAGUAUUAUUCAACAAACAGUCACACAAAAAUGCCUCCUUUCUUGAAAUCUAAAUCAAGAAUAGCCCACCAUUAUGAUUAUGAUGAACAAGAGCAAGAGCAAGAGUGGUGUGAUGAAAAAGCACCCCAUAUUUCUCUCACAGUUUGGAGAAAAUCACUUGUUUUCAGCUGCAAAGGAUUCACUGUGAUUGGCUCCGACGGCAGCUUAGUGUAUAGAGUUGAUAACUACUCCGCCCGCCCCGAUCAAAUCAUGCUCAUGGAUGCCCAUGGCAAUCCCAUCUUCACCAUUUCUCCUCCUAAGAAGCUUAGGUUAGUGGACAACCAGUGGCUGAUCUAUGAAGGAGAAGUGGGCAAGAAGAGUUCCAAGAAGCCUAUUUUGUGUGUUAGGAAAAACAUGAGCAUCAUGAAGACUAAACCGAGUGUUCUUGCAUAUGUUUACGGCGGCAUGCCGGAGAAGAGAUUCAAAUACACGAUCGAAGGGUCGUAUUCGCGUCGAUCGUGUAGGAUCUUGGACGAGUCGAGGAGGGCUUUGUCUGAGAUCAAGCAGAAAAUGGCCUUGAAAGGAGGUGCAUCUUUUGGUAUGGAAGUCUUUGAUCUCAUUGUUCAACCGGGAUUUGAUUCAAGAUUUGCCAUGGCCAUUGUGUUAUUGCUAGAUCAGAUGUUUUCUUGAUUGAUUCAUCUUGAAUCUUUAUACUGUUUUUUAAGGGACACUUUUCUUGAUUCUCAUCUCGUUGGUUGUCAAAUUAGUGGCUGUUGAUACAUAUUUUUAAGUGCUGUAUAUCAUCUUGUCUACCAUAUCUUCAAGAUAGUAACUUAAUGAACAGACACUUUGUGUUCAA